AUGGCAAAGCCGCGCCCAGAGGUCGUCUUCUCCAGCGACGUCGCCAACAUGGACGAAUGGGCUCGUCGCACACACAUCCCGCUCACUACCGCCGACGCCCUCGGCAAGACCUACGCCAAAGCCCACCGCUGGCUCCAGAGCCUCAAGACACAGCUCGUCCGUGAAUACAAGUGGACAGACGUGGCCUCCAACGACCCUCGUCUGCUCUUCUGUCUCGAAACAUCGUCCAUUUGGCGCUCGUCAGUCGACCUUCCGGCCGGUCCGAAGCUCAGGCUUCAGCUCCCCGUGCAUGCAACAUCCUUCUUUUCCCCGGAGCGGCGGAUACAAUGGCAAAUGGUCUUCCACAGCGAUAUCUUCGAAAAUGUCCGCAAAAUAUGCCCCCCAAUUAACGACAUCCUCAACCUUGUCCAGUGCCUUCUAACAGGCGUCGUGACUGUUCAAUUCGAGGAGAACCUCCCAGACGGUGUCUAUCGCACAACUCGAGGCCUGCCGCCCGUUGCUUGGAUUAAUGCCAACGAAGCACGGCUUGCCGAAAUAUUCGAACCCUCCCACUUUAGGGCUCUCUGGAAGGCCUGCAGUGACACAAAAACCGCGUUCAAGCUCGACGUCGUCUCGCGUCGCUAA